AUGGAGGCCGAGGUUUAUGUCCCACAUCAGGCCGCAUUACUGGUCACUUUUAUUGUCUCAGCUCAUGGCUUUUUCUGGCCAAUACCGGAUGAAAUUCGACCUUUUCCGAUAGCCGACAACACAGACUACGGUAUUGUUGGAUUUCCCAUGUUAAUGGGCUACCACAGACUUGUUGAUAAAUCAGGCCAGAGCGGAAAUGCGGAAAUAUCGUCAGAACUACAUACAGAUCAGCCCCAUAUAUUGUCACAACGACCAAAAUACUUCCUGGGUGUAAAGUCAGUCAGGCAAAAGUACCGGGAAGAUGAAACGUGGCAACCACUAACAAAGAAGGCAGUGACCACAGGAGAGUCCAGUACAUACAAGCCAGGUGUAUCAGCAUUACGGACCAUCAACCAGCAUCGACCAACGGAUAAGCCAGAUAAAACGUCGCAUGGACUAGGAGGACAUCCGGAUGAAACAUCGCAGACUGAGGUGCAGAGAUCAACAGAUAAGCCAGAUAAAACGCCGUAUCAAUCAACAGGACACCAAGAAGAAACGCCCCACAAACUAACCGGCCAUCCACGUGAAACCUCAUAUUUACCAGUCGACCAGCCAGAUGAAACGUCACAUCUAGCACCAGAUAAUCCAGAUAAUACGUCAUUUUCAGCCUCACAUCACCCAGAUAACACGUCGUAUCCAGCAUCAGAUCGUUCAGAUUACACGUUAUCUCCAGCAUCAGAUCAUCCAGAUAACACGUCGUAUCCAGCGUCAAAUCAACCAGAUAACACUUCGUAUCCAGCUACAGAUCAUGCAGAUAACACAUCGUAUCCAGCAUUAGAGCAUCCAGAUAACACGUCGUUUCCAGCAACAGAGCAUCCAGAUAACACGUCGUAUCCAGCAUCAGAUCAUCUAGAAAACGCGUCGCAUCCAGCAACAAAGCAUCCAGAUAGCACGUCGCAUCCAGGAUCAGAUCAUUCAGAUAACACGUCGUAUGCAGCACCCAAGCAUCCAGAUAACACGUCGUAUCCAGCAACAGAGCAUCCAGAUAACACGUCGCAUCCAAGAUCACAUUUUUCAGAUAACACGUCGUAUCCAGCAACAAAGCAUCCAGGUCAUACGUCAUAUCCGGCAUUAGAACAUCAAGAUAAUACGUCGUAUCCAGCAUUAGAUCAUCCAGAUAGCACAUCGUAUCCAGCAACAGAGCAUCCAGAUAACACGUCGUAUCCAGCAUUAGAUCAUCCAGAUAACACGUUGUAUCCAGCAUUAUAUCAUCCAAAUAGCACGUCGCAUCCAGCAACAGAGCAUCCAGAUAACACGUCGUAUCCAGCAUUAGAUCAUCCCGAUAACACGUCGUAUCCCGCAUUGGAUGAUCCAGAUAGCACGUCGUAUCCCGCAUUAGAUCAUCCAGAUAACACGUCGUAUCCAGCAUUAGAUCAUCCAGAUAGCACGUCGUAUCCAGCAACAGAGCAUCCAGAUAACACGUCGUAUCCAGCAACAGAGCAUCCAGAUAACACGUCGUAUCCAGCAUUAGAUCAUCCAGAUAACACGUCGUAUCCAACAUUGGAUUAUCCGGAGAACACGUCGUAUGCAGUAAGAGAUCGUCCAGAUAACACGUCGCAUCCACAAACACAUCAUUCAAAUGAAAAGUCACAGUUAUCCACAAGGCAGCCUUUUGUAGACAUGGAGUCCAGGAAUGAAUCCGACACGAACUACCGACACACAAUGCCCACAAUUCAACAACACGAAGAGAUAACCCGGCCCCGAAACCAGUUACGUGCAUCGUGGCAACACCCAGUAAACCUAACGGAAAUAACCAAUUGGGACGAAGCCAAAAACCAAUCCGAGAAUCACAUUAACGAAACCUUCGGCGCACAUGUGAAUCAAUCAGAUGACAGUUCAGGGGAAUCUUCAUUUUCAAUUCAUUUCACCAUUCGUUUGUCGAGAAUGUUUAACCAGACCCCAAACCCCGGGUCAAGUCACCCGGAUCAGUUGGAUAAAAAAACUCAACACAAACUAGCAAUGGACGUUGCAGCUGUGCAUUCCGCAAAACUUCCACAUCUUUUGUCAAGUUCUUCUGAACAUCUAGAAGAUUUAGAGGUUGAACACCUUGAUGGGACAUCACGAUAUUCGAUCACUCAUCGAGAAUCUGUGCCACGUUCUCUGAAGAGCACUGAAGAGCAUCAGCAAGUUACCAUCGAAAAAUAUACUACAUCCACAAGAUCGUCUCCACAGCACCCGACGACAUCGUCCGAUCAAUCGCCAGAGCACAACAACGACGAAGCACGCGUAAAGGUCAGAAUAGAUGUACAAACACUCUCUAACAAAGAUUCACCUUUUUCUACAGAUAAUGUCAACAUAAUGACACGUCAUCAUGCCACAAGGAAACCGUCGUUACAGCGUGCUGACGAACGUUUAGCAAAGCGCAUGAUGAUUGAUUUUCACCAGAUCCCACCGAAACAAUCCCGUGAUUCAUCGGCAAGAGAUUCGCCUGGAGAAUCCAAGAAAUCACCACAGCAUUCCAGAGAAUACACAUAUGUAAACAGUGUUCCGUUGGUCCAAACUCAGACUCAGCCACGGGAUACACGUGCAAGAGAGCAGACACACAGGACUUUAGAACAGCACGUAGCAAUUCAGAAUAACCAGUCUCGCCAUGUACACGUACAAGCAGGUGGAUUAUUAGACCACCCAAAGAACCGUCCAGCUGCAAGAGCAAAGGUACGAGACGAAUCUUUUCUACAGAGGCUUGGACUUCAACAUGAACCAUCAAAAAGGUUACUACCAAAACUCUACAUUAACGGAGUGGCACAUUCAUGGCCGCUAAGCAUCCAUUAUCCACGGGAAAAGAAGACAUUUUCUGCAGAAAAAACAGUCGAUUUGUCGCAACAUCCAAAUCGACAACAUUUAAAUGUAGACGAAAUGUCGCUGGGUCAAAUUCCAGGGCGAUCAGCUGGAGACUCUGAUGACACUUCAAUUGACCGAUCACUGGAACAUACCAAAAAGAAUGCAGGACAAGUGUUUCCAAAAAACAUCAGAAACCUGGAUAUCCAACCAUUUCACUUGGUAGAGAAAGCAGGAGCAACACCACUGCAAUCAUUAGAAAGAUUACUAGCAGCAGCAAGCCUGAAAAAUGACUCGUCAGGUGUGACAGUGAUACUUCAAAACGAAACGAUAACACAUUUACUAAUAAAAGUGUACAUCUAUGGAGUUGGCAUUACGUCAGAAAUGUCUACCUCUCAACAGGGGUCAGAUCAGUAUUCUCAGGGCAAGACUGAUAACGAAGGGAAGGAUAACACAGAGUCAACACAGGAUUCUCUGGACAAUACAGAUGAGUCAGGAAAAAACAACACACAGUCAACACAGGGUUCUCUGGACAGUACAGAUGAGUCAGGGAAAGAUAACAUAGAGUCAACACAGGAUUCUCUGGACAGUACAGAUGAGUCAGGGAAAGAUAACAUAGAGUCAACACAGGAUUCUCUGGACAGUACAGAUGAGUCAGGGAAAGAUAACAUAGAGUCAACACAGGAUUCUCUGGACAGUACAGAUGAAUCAGGGAAAGAUAACACAGACUCAACACAGGAUUCUCUGGACAGUAUAAAUGAGCCAGGGGGAGAUACCUCAGAGUCAAUACAGGAUUUUCUGGGCAAUACAGAUGAGGCAGGGAAAGAUAACACAGAGUCAACACAGGGUUCCCUGGACAAUACAGAUGAGCCAGGAAAAAACAACACAGAGUCAACAGAGGGUUCUCUGGACAAUACAGAUCAAUCAGGGGAAGAUAACACAGAGUCAACACAGGGUUCCCUGGACAAUACAGAUGAGUCAGGGAAAGAUAACACAGAGUCAACACAGGGUUCUUUGCACAGUACAGAUGAGUCAGGAAAAAACAACACACAGUCAACAGAGGGGUCUCUGGACAAUGAAUCAGGGAAAGAUAACACAGAGUCAACACAGGAUUCUGUGGACGAUACAGAUGAGUCAGGGGAAGAUACCUCAGGGUCAACACAGGGUUCUCUGGAUAAUACGGAUAAGUCAGGAGAAGACAACACAGAGUCAACACAAGAUUCUCUGGACAAUACAGAUGAGUCUGGAAAAAACAACACACAGUCAACAGAGGGUUCUCUGGACAGUGCAGAUGAGUCAGGGAAAGAUAACACAGAGUCAACACAGGGUUCUUUGCACAGUACAGAUGAGUCAGGGGAAGAUACCUCAGAGUCAACACAGGAUUCUGUGGACAAUACAGAUGAGUCAGGGAAAGAUAACACAGAGUCAACAGAGGGUUCUCUAGACAGUACAGAUGAGUUGGGGAAAGAUAACACAGAGUCAUCACAGGAUUCUCUGGACAGUACAGAUGAGUCAGGGGAAAAUCAAAACGGAAUGAUAUCAUAUUUACUGAUACAAGUGUACAUUGAUGGGGUUGGGAUUGCAUCACAGGUUUCCCUGGACAAUACAGAUGAGUCAGGGGAAGAUACCUCAGGGUCAACACAGGGUUCUCUGGGUAAUACGGAUAAGUCAGGAGAAGAAAACACUGAGUCAACACAGGACUCUCUGGACAAUACAGAUGAGUCAGGAAAAAACAACACACAGUCAACACAGGGUUCUGUGCACAGUACAGAUGAGUCAGGGGAAGAUACCUCAAAGUCAACACAGGAUUCUCUGGACAGUACAGAUGAGUCAGGGGAAGAUAACAUACAGACAACACAGGAUUCUGUGGACAAUACAGAUGAGUCAGGGGAAAAUCAAAACGGAAUGAUAUCAUAUUUACUGAUACAAGUGUACAUUGAUGGGGUUGGGAUUGCAUCACAGGGUUCUCUGGACAAUACAGAUGAGUCAAGGGAAGAUACCUCGGGGUCAACACAGGGUUCUCUGGGUAAUACGGAUAAGUCAGGAGAAGACAACACAGAGUCAACACAAGAUUCUCUGGACAAUACAAAUGAGUCAGGAAAAAACAACACACAGUCAACAGAGGGUUUUCUGGACAGUACAGAUGAGUCAGGGAAAGGUAACACAGAGUCAACACAGGGUUCUUUGCACAGUACAGAUGAGUCAGGGGAAGAUACCUCAGAGUCAACACAGGAUUCUGUGGACAAUACAGAUGAGUCAGGGGAAGAUAUCACAGAGCCAUCACAGGGUUCUCUGGACAGUACAGAUGAGUCAGGAGAAGAUAUCUCAGGGUCAACACAGGGUUCUCUGGGUAAUACGGAUAAGUCAGGAGAAGACAACACAGAGUCAACAGAGGAUUCUCUGGACAAUACAGACCAUUCAUCACAGCAAAGUAGUGAAACCCCAGUUAUAGUGGUCAGGAUCGACGUACAAACCUUGCAAGGAAACCACUCCGACGUACUCCGUACUCAGUACUCCGACGAAUGGAUUCGAUAUUCUCAACGGGACAAAGAGACGCAAAAUAUGAAAACAUACACUCUGAAACUUACUGAGGAAAAUGGCACAACAAAGUAUUUGCUGAUAACAGUGCACAUGGAUGGAGUUGACCAGAUCUUACGAAAGCAUCAUUCACAAUCUGAAUCCACCCAACUUCAGCUGAACCACACAGGUAAGCCGGAAACAGACACCAGAAGGCCACCACUACAUUCAACGGGAUCGCCUGCCCAUUCACCAGAGUUCUUUGGUGAAACCCAAAUUGUAGAUGUCAGGGUCGAUGUACAGACAUUACAAGGAAACCAUUACUCUGAGGAAGAUUUCAACGAUAGGACUCAAUAUUCUCAAUCGGACGAAGCUUCGGUAAAAUUGCUAAAAGCUUCACAACACAUGUUAAAAAAGUCUAUACAAAUUAUCGAAGAGAACUUAACAAAGCAACAGAUUAAUAAUCCAUCACAAGAACUUCUUACAAAUCUUCAGAAAACGGCAUUGUCUUCACCUGGUCAACAAGACGAAUCGUCUGUGAUGUUGAGGACAUACACAACAGCAAACAAUUCAGAUUUCAGCGUAGACAAUGUGUCAUCAAACCAAACUACAGAACAACAGACUGGUUUAUCAGGUGAUACAUGGAAGCGAUCACAACAACUGACAAAAAAUACGGCAGAACAAAUGUCUCUACAAGAUUUAGAAAGGCAAGAUAAGAGAGCCCUAAAUUUGAUGGAAAACGUUCACGGAUCACUACAUCAACAAAAGCCACUAGAAUCAACAAAUGUAUCUGAUCAGUCACCACAAGGGUCAAAAAAACAUCAGCCUGAGACAAGGCAUUUACUACUAACAUUGCACAUUGACGGAGUGUCACAUCCAUUGCUGAAAGGCGCAUCCAACAUAGGUGAAAAGAUGACUAAUUCUAAAGGAGGACCAAUACUUACGUAUCCCAGCGCUCAACGCAAGUUCGGGUCAUAUUCUGUGGACCAUGCAGAUAGCCUAACAGAAGACAUCAGGAAGGCAGAUGCUACAUCUGAAGGACUAUCUGCAGAACUAACGAAAAGAUCGUUUCACCUUUCAACAGAGCCGAUUGAUGAAUCUCCACCAGUCACGAUCGGAACAGAUAUACGCACAUUGCCGAGGGAAGGAAAACAUUACUCCGUUGAGGGUCUCGAUGAAAGGACUUCAUAUUCUCGACCAGUAGACACCUUACAGCAUAUAAUAUACACUGUAAAACUUACUAAAGAGGCUUUACCGAUGCAGCCAGAAGAUUCAUCACCAGAACUUCUGACAAAUUCACAGAAAACGUCAGUGAAAUCUCCGAGUCAACCAGACGAAGUCUCUAGGUUGCACGCAACAGAUGGCAAUCAAGAUUUCAAUAUAAACAAUGUGUCAUCGAACCAAAGCUCAGAACAAAAGACUGGCUUAUCAGGUGAUACAUGGAAGGGUUCACAAGAGACGAAAAAUUCUCCAGAACAACUGUCUUUACAAAGCUUAGCAACGAAGAAGCUGGUCCUACACUUGAUAGAACAAACAGACGGAUUACCGAAUCAGCCUGUGGAAAAGCCGUUAGAUUCAACAAAUGUCCCAGAUGAGUCGCGACAAAAGUCAGUGAAAUAUCAGCAUGGAAGAACAAAGUACUUACUGCUAAAAGUGUACGUUGAUGGAGUGCCACAAUCGUCGUCUGGAAGCCUAUUUAACAUAGGUGAAACGACGACUAAUUAUGAAGAAGAACCAAAUCAAACGUCACAUCGUAGUGCACAAGUCAAGUCGGAUGACAUCAUGGAAGAAAGUGCUACCUUUGAAGGAUCGUCUGCAGAAGAACAAAAAGGGAGCUUCGGUCAUUCCACAGAGCAAAACGUACAAUCGCCACAUAUAGAGCUCAAAUUCUACACGCAUAAGCUGUCGUCUUCAUCGGCUGGAAAGAAAGAGCCAAAUCCUUUAAAAAGCCUGUCUGAGAUGACACAACAGUCUGCAUCAGAUGAAGAUGCUAUGCAAUCGGAGUCUUCAGAAGAAUCUCUGAAACAACCUAUUCAAGGGAAACAUGAUUCAAGGAAGCACUCAAACGGAGCCCCAAAAUAUUUAUCGAUGGAUGUUUACCUUGAUGGGUCAUUACUUACGUCCGUACAUGCCGAUGAAUUACCACAAUAUGUCGAUGGUGAUACCAUGAAUAUUGCAAAGUCGCCGAAAAAGGCAGGCGAAUCAUCCAGUCAAUCUUUUGUGCCACAAGACCACCCUUUGGGGCAAUUAAUAAAAGUGUCUGACAAAUCUGGACCAGAUUUAUUUCUAGAAGUAGACUUUGAAGAAUUGUCAAGUAUAGUGGACGCAUCCCGAAACAUCGCACACAAUGCGCUCGACCAACCGCCCAGCAGUUCGUCCUUCCCUAUGGAAAGCCCGCGUGAGUCGGGGAAACGUACUGUAGAGGAACCUCUUGAAUCGCUCGAUCACACAUUUGAGCAUCCAGGUGACCAUUUGAAUCAUCCAAAACAGAGUCACCCCGAAAUAAUACUGAAUUUCGUGGUACAGCUCAACUUAGGGGGAGAGUCAGGUGAAUCGCGUAAUCAAAACAAGAAGUCUCCAGAUCCUCUUGAAUUCUCACCUUCAAGGCAAACAACGACUCCCCCGAAAAGUCUGGGAGAGUCAACGAAGUGGUAUAUGGAGGAAGUGUUUAACUUGCCAAGCCGGCAACCAAAUGAUCAUAGCGAAACAUCAACGUAUGGUCGAAAACUAAGUUUAGGAUUUUGA